AUGGCUUUAACAGAAAAGUGUGACUUGGAAAUGCACUUGAAGAUCUCAUCUAUCAGUUGCCAACCUGGAGAUGUCCUGCUAAAAUUCCAAGGAACAUAUAUCUCUGAUUCUGAAUUUGACUAUCAUAUACUACAGAAAGAAAUACAACUAGUUCCAAAAAACCAUGAGGACAUUGAUAUUGGGCAGUUUUGCUUGGCACAAGAUAAACCCCAUGGAAUAUGGCACAGAGGAAAAGUUUUGGAUAAAGUCAAUAAAAAAUUUGAAGUUGUGCUAAUAGAUCAAGGCAAUGUCCUCAAAGUUCCUUCUCAACAAAUUGCUUCCGCUACUGGUGAAUUAUUCACUCUCCCUCCUAAGGUGGUCAGCGGAAUAAUUUCCAAUUUACUUCCACUUGAAAAUAAGUGGACUUCACGAGCCGUAAAUUAUUUUUCCUCCUUGGUCGGUCAGCAGCUUCAUGGGAACGUGAAAACCUUCUUACCUCAUCAAGUUCUUUUAGAAAUACCAAAAAUCAUUAGCUAUGCCAUUGAGCUCAGUUUAGCAAAGUAUAUAGAUUCGGAGUCCUUUUGCCUUCUCGUAGAAAUUUUACACAAGUUCCCAGCAAACUCUCACUGCAAACAAAUGCCGGACUUGCUGCAACAAAAGGAAAUAGGCUCUGAUGUCACGUUUACAAGUUCUGACGGUCUUCCACGUUUUCAAAAGAUGCUAGAUCACAUGAGACCUGAAUUUUGUGCCGGUACCAUGGAAAAAAUAAAAAUUUCUGCUGCCAUAAGCCCAGAUCGUUUUUUUUGUCAUAUCCUGUCAUGGGAGAUAGAGUUAGGUAAAUUGACCUCUACUAUGUGCUCUUAUUAUGAGACUGCUGUAACAGGACCAAGUUCCACACUUGGUAGUUUUGGUGUACUCUGCUCUGCCAAGCGGAGAGAUGGCUUAUGGUAUAGAGGAGUUAUCCAUAAAUUAAUCUCUUGUAAUGACGUGAAGGUCUGGUUUAUUGAUAUUGGUUGUAGUGAAAUCAUACAAUCCACCAACGUGCAGAGGCUGCAGCAAGAAUUCUUGUCUUUACCCAUGAUGGCUAUCCCAUGUGCAUUAUCUCGGGACAAUGACCAUAUAGAAGGUGUUGGAAAUUUGCAGCUAGCUCUGUUUAAAGAAGCCCUGAUGGGACAUGUUGUCAUUGGUCACAUAAAAGACUUUUGCAGUGAAGAUCGUUUGUAUUAUUUAUCAUUACACGCAAAAGAGUUCGAAUUCAGUGCAGACUGUCAUUUGACGAACAAGGAAGUUCCAUUUUUUUCUCCGCGUUCAUGUACAGGCAAUACAAAUUCAGCCGUUAAUGAGAGCUGUCAAAGCACCUCUUCUCCUGAGACCUUCACAACCAUGGAGAUGGAAUACAUUGAAACCGUUUCUUACAAAUCAGUGAAGAUGGACUUAGAUGCAGUCCACAUAGUCUAUGUUGAGUAUGUCGUAAACCCCUCAAAUUUUUGGAUAAGAGUUGACGAGUAUCAAAAUGAGUUUACAUACAUGAUGGCUGAGAUUGCAAAAAAAUACAAUAAAUGUGAGCUUAUGGAGAUGGUUUUGCAAGAUCCCAAACCUGGUCAACUUUGCUGUGCCCUUUACACUUUAGACGGACAUUAUUACAGGGCUAUGAUCACUGAUGUGCUUAGUCCGCAAAUUACGGUUUUCUUUUUUGACUUUGGGAAUACAGAGACCAUUCCUUUCUACGAUGUAAAGGUGUUGUUGCCGGAGUUAAGCGUCUUGCCUGCAUUUGCAAUGUGCUGCUCUCUAGCAUAUGCCUAUCCUAUCGAUGACGUGUGGGUUAAGAGUGCAAAUGCCUUUUUUAAAGAAACCAUAAACGGGAAAGCUCUUCUUUGCCAUGUUCUUGCAAAACAAAAGUCCAAGUACAUGGUGGAAAUGCGGCUGUCUGAGAGCUCUUCAGAUAUUGUCAGUCUUUUGGUUCAAGCUGGAUUUGCAGAAUUCUGGAAAGUGGACUUAAAUUCUAACUCGCUAAAGCUGGGCUGCCAGUCCCCAGACAACGACACAAAAAAUAGCAAAAACUUUGCCAAACCUAAAGGAACCAUUGCUCGUUCAAUACGUGCAGAUGUACACUUAUCCUUGGGUACUCUGGCCAUGAAACACAAACCAGUGGAGCGGACCUCUCCAUUUUGUACACCAGCCAACAGUUUGCAAACACCUGGAUUUACCCCAGUUUGUUACAAACAAUAUAUGUUCAAACCUGGGGCUAUUAUGGAUGUAGAAUGUUCUUAUGUGGACUCGCCAGCCUGUUUCUGGUGUCAAAUGUCAGAAAAUGCCUCCAAACUAUCAACCUUAAUGAAAGAAAUGCAGAAAUGUUAUAGUUGUUGUGACAACAGAUACCAACAUGGACAAGUUGCUUGUGCUGCGAAGUCCUCCAGCAGUGGCAAGUAUGUUCGUGCAGUCGUUUCAAAAUAUGUUUCGGCUGAUGAAGUUGAGGUUAUUUUAAUUGACUUUGGGAAUACUGAAAAAGUGUUGAUUUCAGAACUUCGUGCAAUUGAACCUCAGUUUCUUAAAUUGGAAGGCCAAGCUUUUCGAUGCUGUUUGAGUCAAGUGUUUUCUCCCCCAUACGUUCACUUUGAAUGGUCUGCUAAAGCGUAUGAAGAUUUUCAAAGUCUUGUUCGGUCUGCUUCCAAUGUAAUGAAAUGCACCGUGAUUUCUGUGUUCAUUAAUAGUUUUGGGGAUCUGUGUAAUGUUGUAAACUUGGAAACCAGUCUUGGUAAUGGAAACAAAAUAUUGACUGACAAGGGUCAUCUAGUUUUAAGAAAACACAUUCCCUCUCUCCAUUUGCAUACAUUUUGCUACUCCAGUUUUGACCUUAAAGUAGGAAGCGUAGAAGAGGUCUACGUGACUUUCAUAUAUAAAACUGGAAGGUUUUACUGCCAUCUUGCAAGAAAUGAAAACCUCUUUGAGACAUUGAUGAAGAAAGUAGCUAAGAUAGGUGAUCAGUUAAAGCCAGCGAUGAAAGCAAAUGAGCUCUGCAUUGUUAAAUACGUUGAUGGCAAUUUUUACAGGGCAUUAAUAUUCCCCAUGGAUUCCUCGUCUCUCUUUCUAGCAUUUUUUGUAGAUUUUGGAGAUAGCCAGCAGGUGGAAAAGAGUGAAUUGAUUGCUAUUCCAGAAGAUGCUUAUGAUAUUUUACUUGAACCAAUGCAAGCUAUUCCAUGCUAUCUGGCCGGCAUGAAAGAAUCCCCUCUUACAGUGGAGGCCAAGGCCUGGUUUGAAGAGGAAUACCUUGGUGAACCAUUAAGGGCUGUUGUAGUGGAUAAGGACCAUGAAGGACAUUUGGAGCUGGAAUUAUAUAGUGGAAGUAUCUCCAUAAACCAAAAAAUUGCAUUAUUGUUAGGGGUUAAAUCCAUUCCAAGCAAAGCUAAACAAUCUGAGACAAAAAAUCAGCAUCGUGUAGACAGUGUUGAUUCUUUACCUAAAAGCACAUUGCAAAAAAAGACUGAUAGAACUCUAGUAAAAUCUGUAGACCCCAUCAAUGACAAGAACAUUUCUUGCAAUCCAAAAUUUUUAAAAGCUGUUGAUCUUCCUCAAACAUCUAUAGAUCCAGAUACCACUUGUCUUGUUUAUGCUUCCCACAUAGACAGUGCCUCAAGUUUUUUUGUGCAACUUGUCAAACAAGAGAACGAGGUCAUUCACCUGGUUGAAGAGCUGAAUAAAAUGUCAUUCCAAGUCAUUGAUAAACAAAACUUUGAGAAAGGUCUUCUAGUUGUCGCUCAGUAUCCGGAUGAUGAUGCAUACUAUCGAGCAGAAAUUAAAGACUUUCUCCAAGACCGUUUUUGUGUCGAGUUUAUUGAUUAUGGUAAUGUAGCCAGUGUGGAUUCUUCAUGCAUUUUCAUUCUUCCUGAAAGGUUCUCAAAUAUACCCAGAUUAAGUGUCCCUGUCUUCCUCACUGGGGUGCAGAAACUACAAGGCCAUACUGAGUGGAGUGAAAGUGUUACUAAAAUGUUUUCUGAGAAAGUUAAAAGUGAACCAUUCAAUUGCAAGUUCAUUUGCAAACAUGGCCUUCAGUGGGAGGUCGGUAUAACCUUAGGACAGUCACUUUCAGAAGAACUCCUUAGAAGCUUUGAGUGUUCUUCCAAAAUACCUUCUGCAGUUACCAAAGACAGUGUUCCAAAAUCAGACCCGAGCCCUUUUAAUAGUUCAUGUGAAAGCACACAAGGGGAAGCUGCUGCCGAUAAAAACAAUGGCAGAUUUUGUAUCAAGACAGUAAAGCCUGGCCUAAUGGAAGAAGUAAAAAACAUACAUAUUUCCGAGUUUGAAACACUUUUUGUCACCUUAGUCAAUUUUCCUGAGGAAUCCGAAUUAAAUUCACACAUUGCUGCCACUGUCAAGGAAGUUGGCAACCGACUUUUAGUCAAGGAUAUAUCUGAGGGAAUGAUUUGUUUGGCAAAAUCUGAAAAGAUGCAAAUUUGGCUUCGAGCCUGUGUUGAAAAACUCAUCCCAAACACAAGGAAGAUGCUAGUAUUAUUUGUUGACCAUGGUGCACAUGAAAUAAUUAGCAUGCACAAUGCCAAAAAACUCUCUUUGGAAGGGCUUUCCAUUCCUAGGCAAGCACUAGUGUGUAAAUGGCCUGGGACUGAACAAAUUGGUGAAAAUGUGAUUACAGCACAAUUAAAAUCAAUUUUGCAGAGAAAAAUUCAAAUAAUAUUUCUUGAAUUUGUGGAAUCUAUCAGUGCAUGGAAAGUGGAGAUAUUAAUUGAUGGACUUCUUCUAUUGCAUUACCUUCAAAGUGUUCAGAGCUCAGCUGAUGUACAGCUUGAUAGGCCAAAGUCUCAAUCAGAGGCCAGUGUUUCUUUAUCACAAAUUCCAAGGAAGGAUCUUAAAUCUUUAGAGGUUUAUCCCGGAUUUGUUACUUCAUUUCAUGACCCCUCCAGUUUUUUUGUUCAGCGCACAUGCUCUCUUGAUACGAUGGACACUUUGUCACAGUUGAUGCAACUACCAGAUGACCUUACUCCUCUAGCUGGGGAUUCGGUAAAACCAGGUUCUCCUUGUCUUGUACAGUCAUUUGAUGAAAAAGAGUGGUGCAGGGCAGAAAUAAGGAGCAUUAACAGGAACUUUAUUUUAUUGUACCUGCUUGACCAUGGAGUUGACAAAGUCAUUCCUUACUCAGAUUAUGGAAAGCUGAAAAGGAUUCCUGCAGAACUUUCUUGCCUCCCAGCACUGACCUACCAUUGCACACUACAUGGUGUGAGGCCAGAUAAUGGAAACUGUUGGUCCCAAGAUGCCAUUAGAUAUUGCAUCAGUUUUGUUCAAAACCAGGACUUGAUCAUUUUGCCUGUUAAAAAGCUUGGAAAUAGCAAUUUGGAAGUAUCUGUUUAUGGCCAGAAAAAUCUGGCCUUUGAUUUAGUUAAAAGGGGUCUUGCUAAGGUUGCUGAAGACAGUGAAAAAUCGGAAAUAAUGUGCAAUUCUCCUUCAUUUGUCUCAAAAGCUAAUCAGAAUUUAGAAAAUGUUGACCGCGGUGGACAUUCAACCAACUUUGAGCGCUCUUCAUGCAAAGAAAAACUGGGUCCUCCAAGACUAAAUGUAUAUAAAGAGUUGAGACAGGAUAGUAAGGCUGAUGCUCAACUUCAGCAGAACUUCAGAAAUAAUGCUAGUCAUCUUUCCCCAAAGAAAAUUUGAAUUUCCGGAGACUAUCAAAGAAGUUAUUACACAAGUUAAUUUAAUAUGAAUGUUUCUGUAAAGGAAAGAGUGGAGUGAUUGACGGGGCAUACAGUGAAACAAAUACUCUAUUCCUUUCCAAGUUUUUGCUGUUGAUUAUAUGAUGGACUAAGGUCACACAUAAAUUUUUGCAGUUUAGUUUUGUCAUGUAGUG